GGUGUUGAGGCUGCUCCAGGUGAUUAUGCAGGCCCAGUGUUCCGUCAACCAGGCCUCCCUGGUGUCCCAGCCAAGAACAUGGUGGUUUUCCUUUGCAUCAAAAAGCAUCCCAGUGUCAAGAAGUGGGAGAGACGAAGUAAGAAUGUCUACCCUGAAGACAGCUGAGCUUCUGGAUAGAACCAAACUUCACCUCUGUCAGAUCUUCAAGUGUAGUGCUGAGAUGACACCAGGUGUGGGAGCCACAGAGGAAGAGGAUGAAGAGGAGGAAGAGGAGGAACUUCCUGACUGUGUUGAGGGAGAAAAUGGAAUAAUUCUAACCGACUUGGGUCGGAUGCAAAUUAUCAAUGAAGUGCGCAGGUUCAGGGUGGAGUAUCAAGGAGAUCCAGACCUUCAGCCUGUCAGAAGCUAUGAGUGCACUCUGUUGGUGGAACUUAUGGCCUGGAUUGCCUCACAUAUCAACAAACAGUUUGAGAGCCAGAUGGGGACCCUGUGUUCACGUCAAGACUUGGCAGGUAGCGUCUGCCGGCACCUGCUCCUCAGCCCACUCAACGAAAGCGGAAGGGCCCAGAAAAGAAGCCCUGCGCUGGCAAGGCCUCGGCACGAGCAGCGUCGCGGGCCACGAGUCAGCCUGCGCGUGCUGGCCAGCUACCGCACCCUGCUCUGCCUGCUGCUGAUGUACCUGCUGGGCUGCAUUCUCAGCUGGAGCCCCCUGCUUCUCUGCGGCCUGGUGGUGCUGCUGCUGGCUGUGCUGGAUCCCCUGGGCCCCAUGCUGAUCCGCUGGAGCAAGAAGUGCAAGCAUGUGCCACCGUGACUGGGGGUGAAACUGGGUGUCAGUUCCUGCAGUUGAGUGGCAUAAAAAGAACAGUUUUAGGGGAUGAGGGGAGCAAAAAAUGAACCAAGAUCAUUCUUUUGUUUUAAAAAAGAUUUGUUAUUGACUGUAUUCUUUUAAGAUGAGUUAAUCUUUAAGCCUCUGGGUUUUGUUGUGCAUAAGCACCAUUCUGUUUUUAAAGUGUUCUAGUGGAGCUCCAAAUACAUAGGUGUAAACUAGACGUAGCGUUGCAUAAUAUGACUGUUGCAUAAAGUGUGUAUUCCAUGUGAUAUACGAAGGAGGAUAGAGGGGUCGUUUUUCGUCUUUGAGAAUUUAGAGUGCUGGAACAGGCCGUACAUUAGACGUAGCAUUGCGUAAUAUGAGUGUCCCAGAACAGUGAUACACCCUGUUCUUUUUUUGGUGUGAGUCAAUUGUGCAGAUUUGAUCAUGUUUAGAGCAUUUUCUGCCUUACAAAAGGCAAACAUCACAGCCUUAGGGACCACGCAGGACACUCACAGCCAUGCACAAAAAGAAUGGCACUCCUUGUACCAGAUUGGACCAUGGUAAUGUGGUAUGUGAGUAGGUAAAUUACCCUUCCUGAGGUCGCUGUUUCUAGAAUGUUGACAGAUUUAGAUUGCUGUGAGUCGCGUGGGUUGCCUGCCACACACACACACACACACACACACACACACGUGUGCGUGAUGCAACCAUGCCGGUUGUCAAAGCCUUUCAGGAAGUUUGACUGAAAACCUUCCCAGUAAGUUCAGAGAUAAAAUGCCAUUGUUGCUGAGUUUCACCCAUAUGGAAAGAUGGCACUCCUUGUUAUGGACCAUGGUAAUGUACACAAUGUACCCCCUAGAGGCCAACCUGCCAUAAAACAUUUGUGAAUAGUUUUCAUGUGGUGUACUUAUUAAAAUGGCCCUGUGGACAAGCCUACAUGUACAGUGGCCAAAUCAAACGACCAUUAAAGAUCGCUGAACAUUGCACAGCAUUACACUCAAUCAUGGCUGCCCAGCAUCUAUCUCCUUUCGCCAAAUUCUGGGGUAUAGAAAGUCUCAUCAUCAACAGGUGGUGAUAUUAUCAAAAAACUGCUAUGCACAUUGACAAUACACACUUGAGCCCUCUGGUCUUAAUGAAGAAUUGAACCUUUCAUGUUUAUUCAUAGACAGACGUGUUUUUUAUAGUGUUUUUUUAUCCAUAUGACCUUUUCUAGGUUGUUGGCCCUCAUACUAACUAUGCCUAAUAUAUUUAUUUCUCAUCAUGAUUUUCUAUAAAUCUACCCAGAUUUACCUUUGUAAGGUAUGACCUUCAUGUAUUCAUCACUCUAAGGAAGAGACUAUUUUGUUCUACUUGUGUACUUAUAUGUGCUUAACAUGUUCAAUAUGUUGCUAUUUCCUUCUGAGGCUGACUUCUUGUGGAAUGGUUGUCCCACCCACCUGAUUAAUGGUAGAUCGUUGACAUUGGCUAAUUGAGUGCAAUGCCCCUGUACUCGCCUGUAGGUGACUUCUGAUGAGCUUCAUAUGGAGCCACUGCCUUUAUUUAUCAUUGACACUGAAGAAGAUGUACUGACAUCAAAACUGUAGUCUACCUUAUUUGCCCCUCCAAUAAAGGCAUUAUCUCUCCGUGUGCUGCAGUGACAUUUCCUGUUCUGUUCCUGAGGGCCUGACGGGGGAAUUCCUCUGCAGCUCAUUCACUCUGCCAUGUAUUACUAUUGAAAUUGUGCUUGCAGUUUUAGGUGGCCUGUGGCCCAUUCUGUUUUUAAAGUGUUCUAGUGGAGCUCCAAAUACAUAGGUGUAAACUAGACGGAGCGUUGCAUUAUAUGACUGUCGCAUAAAGUGUGUAUUCCAUGUGAUAUACUAAGGAGGAUAGAGGGGUCGUUUUUCGUCUUUGAGAAUUUAGAGUGCUGGAACAGGCCGUACAUUAGACGUAGCAUUGCGUAAUAUGAGUGUCCCAGAACAGUAAUACACCCUGUUCUUCUUUUGGUGUGAGUCAAUUGUGCAGAUUUGAUCAUGUUUAGAGCAUUUUCUGCCUUACAAAAGGCAAACAUCACAGCCUUAGGGGCCACGCAGGACACUCACAGCCAUGCACAAAAAGAAUGGCACUCCUUGUACCAGAUUGGACCAUGGUAAUGUGGUAUGUGAGUAGGUAAAUUACCCUUCCUGAGGUCGCUGUUUCUAGAAUGUUGACAGAUUUAGAUUGCUGUGAGUCGCGUGGGUUGCCUGCCACACACACACACACACACACACACACACACACACACACACACACACGUGUGCGUGAUGCAACCAUGCCGGUUGGCAAAGCCUUUCAGGAAGUUUGACUG